UAUUACUCUGUGACACUCUAUAAAUAUGAGCUGAUGAGGAAGUUGCUGGCAGUUGGCAUGGAGAUGGUUGGGCGGUUGGGUGUUAAGAUCUGGCUGCCAUUGUUGGCAAUAUUGUUGGCCAGAACAGAUUCGGAGGCCGGUUUAUGGAUCAAUUUGCCGACAAUGGUUUUGCAGCAGCUAAACGGUUCCAGUUCCCAAUUCGAAGAAUGGACCAAGCGGCUAAGUGAGAGCUUGAGCCCCGAGCAGCAGCAGCGUUUGGCUUGGAAUGUGGCCUUCCUGGAGACACCCAAAAGUCCGCUACAGUUGAGGCAACUGCAAAAUAAGCUCAGCCCUAACAGCAGCAUCGAUAACCCGCUCAAACUUCGGCUGUGGAUAAGCUUUUAUUGGCAACUGCGGCGCUCGAAUCGCUUGAGCAGCAACAAAAUUUUGUUGCCACAUUUUGCGCUGACACUGCGUCAGCUGCAAAGGAAUCCUCUGUGGCGUAGUGCCCAGGUGAGGAAUAUGUUGCAGAGCUUGCCAAAUUUAUUGGGCGUCCUGGUUAGGAGUCAAUGGCUGUGUUUGAAACAUGACCGGGAUCAGUUGUAUGCUUUGCCGGGAGAGGCUCUGAUGCUGGGCGCCAACAGCAACUGCUGCAUGUGGCAACUUCCAGUGGCAGACACGUCCCAAGCAUGGCUACGCCUGGAAAAUGCAUGCGAGACGCAGGCAACUUGGUUCAUCAACAUGUUGCAGCCGACCGACUCAGGCACCUACACUCUGCAGAGCGCGCCUAGCGACAAUUCGAGUUCAUUCUGCAUUCGAAAUGGUGCGGGUUAUUUGGUAGAGGUUCACGCCACAACUGACACUGAGCAAAACCAAGAAACACUGGGAACACAUGAUUGCCAUUGGCAGCUCAACGAUUGCACUCAACUGCCAAUGUUAUUGAAUAGGUAUUUUAAAGGGUAGAUAUAAUAAAAUGUAUGGUAAUUUGAGAUUAUUGUGACGAGAGCCAACAAAGCUUAAUGAACCUACGAUAGUUUUAAUAAAUCAUCUGUUGCGAUAACUUGUAAUCGAACGUCAAUCUCCUCUCUAUAUUAUUGGUUACCCGAUAUACAUAAGUAUGUA